AUGGCCUUCUUUGACAACAACAUGACCAGCCCUACCAACGUCAGCGCCUUCUACUGCCUCUUUAAAGAAGACUUUAAAUAUAUCCUCCUCCCUGUCAGCUAUGCCCUGGUUUUUGUGAUUGGCCUGGCGCUGAACGCCACAGCGUUGUAUGUGAUUGUGUUCCGCACUAAGCGCUGGAAGCCCUCCACUAUCUACAUGUUCAACCUGACCAUGUGCGACACUCUGUACGUCCUCACUCUGCCCUUCCUCAUCUACUACUACGCGGAUGAGAAUGACUGGCCCUUCAGCGAGCCGUUCUGCAAGCUCAUACGCUUCCUGUUUUACACCAACUUAUAUGGUUCAAUUCUGUUCCUGUGCUGUAUCAGUCUGCAUCGCUUCGUAGGCAUCUGCUAUCCGGUCCGCUCCCUCUACUGGGUCAGCGCUCGUCGGGCCAAACUGGUGUCUGUGGCAGUCUGGGCCUGUGUUUUACUCUGCCAGGCACCUAUUCUCUACUUUUCAAGAAUAAGGGAUAGGGAGAAUGCGCGCAUCUGUUACGACACAACUAGCCCAGAGCUCUUUGAUGACUUCCUGGUGUACAGCUCAGCCGUGUCAGUGCUCAUGUUCGCCCUGCCCUUCAUGGUGGUGAUGGUGUGCUAUGGCCUCAUGGUGCGGAAGCUUCUGGAGCCUGGCUGGGGGUCCGAGGGGGGCCAGAGCGGGGGCAUGUCGGCCCAACGGACCAAGCAGAAGUCGGUUAAGAUGAUCAUCGUUGUGCUGGCAACGUUCAUGCUCUGUUUCCUGCCCUUCCACCUCACCAGGAGCCUUUACUAUUCUUUCAGAUACCUAAGGCAGGUGGAUCCAUCACAGAUCAGCUGUCAGUUGCUGGAGGCCUCCAGUGUGGCCUACAAGGUGACCCGACCUUUGGCCAGUGCCAACAGCUGUGUGGACCCCAUCCUUUACUUCCUGGCUGGGCAGGACGUCCGCAGUAGCCUCUCCAAGAAGAUCAGGUCCACUUCAUCGAGACCAAAAAGAGUGAGAAAACGCUUGACAACUCAACUCUGAUCCAAUACCUGAAACUACUUAGGUUUGGUUCAAAUGAUAAAGUUUGUGGGGACAAGUUCAGUAGUUAUUGCUGGUCUCUUGUGGGAGAUGUGACAAACCAACACUGACAGACGCUGCAUUCAGAUCUCCAUCUUUGACCAGUAAAACUGCAUGUUCAGAUUUGACCAAAUUAAAUGUGGUCAAUACAGUUAUGACUGAAAAAUCAUGUAGCACAUUUCUAACUUAAGGCAUUAAUGGUCAUAAAAGGAUUUUAAUUUGUUUUGUUAUGUUUGAACAGUUCAAAUGUAUGGAAAUAACUAAUUUACAUAGUGCUCAAUAGAUAUGGCUUUUGUUAAUGAUUCUCCUUGACUCUAUUGCUGCAACUGAUGUUUGUACAGGAACAAGUGGGUUUUCCUAAACUCACCGGACUUUCUGUAUAUCAGACAGACCGAGGAGGGUAAACUUGACCACUUUGUGGCCUUUACGACUUAUGUUGAAUGUGCUGCAGCAGUGUAUUUGUGUGUAUCACUGUGUGGUAAAAAAUGUGA